UCGCUACUUCGCUGCCAGAAAAGCCUCGCACGACACUGCACACGGGACUUAUCCAUUUCUCACUGCGGCUUUUACCAUUCCAGUUUCUUGGCGUUAGACAGCAAGCUAAUGUGAUUCAAAUAGACGUUGAAACAAUAAGCCUAAAAGACCUCUUAGCGCAACUUAAUUCGUUUCGGCCGCCUACGUCAUUUUUAUAUAUUUUAUUAGGCUUAGCUAGCUAUUCAGCCAGCGCGCUAGCAGUUGCUUUAAAUAACGGUAGCUAACCAGCUGGAUAUAAUUUUACGCAGUAAGGUAUUAAAUAAGUAACUUCUGUUUUCAUGCCAGAUUUGGAGCAUUUUAGAUUUUCCUGCAGUAGUAUGAAUCCUUUGCUGGGGGCGAACGUUUUUCUUCUCCAGCAGCAACAGCAGCAAAACCAAGGUCCGAGCCAGCCGGAUUCGCCAACAGGCCUUCUGCCCGAGUCGGUUUUCGGCGCCCCUGACCCGUCCUUCCUCCUGGGCGAACACCCCGCAUUGGGCCCAGAGAAUAUAACGGGACUCGACUUCUCCGCUCUCCCGCCGACCGGGCUUGCUUACCAGCAUCUCAACAACUCUUUGUAUCGCCCCCCGCCGCCGCCCCCUGCCGCAAUGGCCCUGCGAAAUGACCUGGGCUCCAACAUAAGCGUUUUAAAGACCUUGAAUUUACGCUUCCGCUGCUUUUUAGCCAAGGUUCACGAAUUGGAGCGACGAAAUAAGAUUUUGGAAAAACAGUUACAGCAGGCAUUGGAAACCAAUGGUGUGUGUGGAGAAGUGAAAAGGCCAGCCACUAAAGAAAUGGGUGUACAGACUGGGUUCGUGGGGCCUAUCCCACUCAGACCUGGGCUUGUCCCGUUCCAAAACGCAAAUAACCCGAUUCUCCGACCCAGGACUUUGUUUACGCCGUCCCUAACCACGGUUUUAACUCUUGAACCAAACAAGCUAACGACUGAGAAUUCAAAUUCGAGUGCGGCGGACUCUAAUUCUAAUCCGAAUCCAAAUAUCACCGUCGAUCCAGCGACACCAACAGAAACAUCAACCAACUCUAACUCCAAUAUAAACGCUAAAAAUGUAUCCAGUACGAGUUCCAGUACAGGACCGAACCCUCCACCUAGGUUUUUGCCUGGUACCAUCUGGUCCUACAACCACACCCGCAAGCUGGGAUCCGGCGUAGAGACUCGAGUGACCAGUCCUGGGGUGUCCUGGGUCCAUCCAGAUGGAGUUGGUGUUCAGAUUGACACCAUAACCCCAGAGAUAAGGGCUUUAUACAAUGUGUUGGCCAAAGUAAAAAGGGAAAGAGACGAAUACAAACGCAGAUGGGAAGAGGAGUACACCAUGAGAGUGGAGCUCCAGGAGAAGGUCAAUGAUCUGCAGGAGGACCUCCAGGAGAGUGAGGUGUGCCAGGAUGAGCUGGCCCUCAGGGUCCAGCAGCUGAAGGCGGAGCUUGUGCUCUUCAAAGGACUCAUGAGCAACAAUUUGUCUGAGCUGGACAGCAAGAUACAGGAGAAGGCCAUGAAGGUGGACAUGGACAUCUGCCGAAGGAUUGACAUCACGGCCAGGCUCUGUGAUGUCGCUCAGCAGAGGAACUGCGAGGACAUGAUCAAGAUAUUCCAGGUGCCCACCCCUCCCUCCACCAUCAACCGUCGGCCUCGUAAGCAGGCCUCUCAGCCCACCAAUUGCAGUGAGGUGGACGAGCCAACCAGCAUCUCGGAGAGCGAAGGGGGCGGGGCCAAAGACGAGGAUAGCUGCUGCUCCUCAGCCAACCAGAUCAACGAGGAGAUGCAGAGAAUGCUGAAUCAGUUGAGAGAGUGCGAGUUUGAGGAUGACUGUGACAGCCUGGCCUGGGAGGAGACGGAGGAAACUCUGCUGCUCUGGGAGGAUUUCCCCGGAUACACCCUGGGGGUGGACACACAGGGGGAGCAGGAAGAAUCCCUUGAGAAAGUGAUAAAGGACACAGAGUGUCUCUUCAAAUCCAGAGAGAAGGAAUACCAGGAAACCAUAGAUCAAAUUGAGCUGGAGCUUGCCACGGCUAAGUCGGACAUGAACAGGCACCUGCACGAGUACAUGGAGAUGUGCUCCAUGAAGAGGGGCCUGGAUGUGCAAAUGGAGACCUGCAGGAGGCUCAUCACCCAGAGCGGGGACAGCAAAUCUCCUUCUCCUAUAUCUGUGGGUGGUGAAGAGAGCGACGAGGUUGAUAAGGAGAGAAAGAAAGCACCUCAGCCUGCAGACUUGGGAAGAUAAUGGAUUCAUUUAUGGCUUCGCUCCGCCGGUACCCUGCAGACUCCAUACAGCUAUAGCUCUGUUUAGUUAAUUUCAUCCUUAGGGAUGUACUGUUUACAUUUUUUAGUCAUAGUUUUGUAUGUGCAUGUACCAUCCACAGGCUUUUGUAAGGGAAUGUGGCGCAGCUUUCUGUAUAAACAAGACCUUGUCAGUUGUUAUUUAUGUAUUUCUCAAGUGCUGUUACUGCCCUCUUGUGGAAAUGGUUCUUAUUACAGUUGCUUUGUUAGCAUUACAUAUCUAUGGCUAAGCCCCAUCUUUUGGUGUUUAUUUCAUCAUGUGCGAUUUCCUUUGUGGAAAAUUAAGCCAAAUAACUUCUUGAUUCAAAAUGAUCACUUUUUCAUGAUGGAAUAUGCAUCUGCAAAGUGCUGAACUACUUGAUACUUCACGUACUGUUGUACGAGGGAACCUGGCUGCAUUAAUUUAUAAUUUGAAUAGGAACGAAAUCACGUCUCCGAGAAUGCUGUAGCCACCCAGAUUACAUUGACAUUUGCAUUUGCGAGCAGAGUGAAUUUCUCCCAUGUAAGCCGCAUAGAAGCUCUCGUAAAGAAUCUUCAGCUGUGCGCUUGCCUCUCCUGCUGACAUCAGAUGCCAAGCGCCUCGGUCUGGACAUAGUCCUGCCGAUUCAUUUAGUGUUCCGCAGUCCAUUCUCCGCACAAGGUGCCUGACUGGUCAUUGUUCUGUCGGUCACGCAUGCCCCUGGGCAAGGGCGAAGACGAAUGCAUACAAAUGCAUGAAAAUUUAGCCACUGUAACUGGACUGUUGCUCAGAAGGAUUAUCCUAUCACAGGGAGGCAACACCCUGAGACUGAUCCAUUGUUAUGUAGUAUCCCAAAAGUGAAAUGGGGAAGUAAGUAUCCAUUAUUACUUAUGUCUGCCGGGCAGGUUCUGUGCACCGCUGAAGAUCUCUCAUUUGAAACAAUGACAGCGGCUGGAAUUCCAGAACACUUAAGGAAGUAACCGCAGGGUUCCGGGUGUGUGUGCCUCCAGCAACAGGACUGAAAAAUAUAACUGAAGUUAGAAAGCAACUGCACCAACUGAAGUGAUGGUGCUGACCAAAUCUCUGAAAACAGUGCGGCUUAUCUACAAUGUUACUGUUUAGGUCUUAGUACUGUGGGCUGUACUGUACUGUACAAUGGUACACUUCUGUAUUAAUGACUUCCAUGAAAACGCACAGACACAUGCAUGUCUUUUGUUUGUUGU